UGACUAAACGUGUACCGGUAUUAUUUAAUGUCAAAAUCAAAUGUCACUGAAGUGAACGUGCAUGGGUAUUUUUGUUUUUAUGUACCACCAAACUAAACCCUUGCUGUGUCUAUAGGCAAAUUUGCCUAUAAAUUUUUAUUUUUAAAUUGGAAAUCGUCAAGAGGAUUUAUAUAGUGUUUGCUUAAUUCAGUGCGCAUCAGUUGAAAACUCGCUUAAAAUGAGUGACUAUCUCGGAUCUGUUGCUCUUCCGAGCAUGAAACAGCGCCAGAAAAAGUUGUGCCAAGUGAAGAUGAAAGCACGUGCAGAUCCAGUUUAUAAGGAUAGCUCCAAUUUCGGAGUUCGAAUGUUGGAAAAGCUAGGCUGGUCUGAAGGAAAAGGGCUUGGCAAACGAGAGGAUGGGAUGGCUGCACCAAUUCUACCUAAACUUAAGCAAGACGGUGAAGGAUUCGGUUAUGCGGGAGAGAAAGACAAUCACUGGACGCAACAUGACCAAGAUUUCAAUCAGCUGUUGCAGUCAUUGAAUGGCGUGGAGACUCCUGCAGAGGAACUCGCAAAUACAGUAACAAUGAAAUCCUUGGAAGAAAAAUCCAAAAUGUCGCGUGCAAGGGUUCACUAUAAAAAAUUCACUCGGGGUAAAGAUUUAAGUCGUGCCAGUGAAAAGGAUUUGGCCAAUAUUUUUGGUAAGAAGUCUUUGGAAGAAGUAAAAUCAAUUGUACCGGAAAACGAAGAGGACGAGGAAGUACAAUCGAAUUCAGCGCAGCCUGAGGAAACUAACAUUCUUGGACUAACUACAAUAAAUGCUAGUGUCUCUGUGCGGGAUUACUUCAGAAAUAAGAUGCAAUCCAAGAAUCUUGACUGUACUCCCAUAAAAACGAUUACGAUGUGCGACGAUGAACUGGUCGCUAAUAAUUCCACAGAAACGAUUGAUUCCACAAAAAAGAAAAGAAAAAAUCGAUUGAGUGUUGAAAACGUUCAACAGGAUAAUGCUUCCACAGAAGCGAUUACAAUGUGCAACGAUGAAUUAGUUGCUAGUAAAUCCACAAAAAAGAAAACGAAAACCCGAUUGAGUGUUGAAAACGUUCAACAGGAUAGUACUCCCACAGAAACCAUUACGACGUGCGAUGAUGAAUUACUAGCUAGUAACUCCACAAAAAAGAAAAGAAAAAAGCGAUUGAGUGUUGACAACGUGCAACAGAAAAAUACUUCCACGGAAUCGAUUACAAUGUGCAACGAUGAAUUAGUUACUAGUAAUUCUUCGAAAAAGAAAAGAAAGAAGCGAUUGAGUAUCGAAAACGUUCAACAGGAUAACAUUUCUGAUGGCACCCAGUUGCAGCUUAUGAUACCAGAAGUGGAUAAUAACCUGAGAGAAGAGUUAACUGAGAAAGCAUUCGAGGAAAACUCGAAUAGAUCAGUUUCAGCGAAAAACAAGAAAAAGAAAAAAAGAAUUAGUCUUGAUAAUUCGAAUGAUGUGGAGCAGGCUGAUGUAAACCUCGAUGAAUCGAUGCACGAAGAAUUGAAUAUAGUAACACCGAAAGGAAAUGUUAGUAUAGACAAGUCUACUAUAAUUAAUUGUACAAAAAAGAGAGAAAAGAAAAGGCAAUUAGAUGUUGGAAAUGAAAGUUCUGCCGAAGAGGUUACUUCUAGCGGCGAUUUGGGAGAAACUGAGGAGAAUGUUGAAGGUUGUGAAGUUCCGAAACAAAAAUCAAAGAAAAAAGAUAGGAAACAAGAGAGUCAUAUAGAAGAAACUGACAGACUGGAAACACUAGUGAAAACAAAACGGAAGAAAAGCAAAAAAGCUAAAAACGAACCACCGGUGGAUACAGUUGUAGAUAACGAAAACGAAAAUAAGCUAGAUUCAAUAGGUGCAGAAAAAAUUAAACAACAGGAAGCCGAAACGCGUAGCAAUCUUGGUACUACCGAGACAAAAGUUGACAACAUCGACACUGGAGAUCAUCAGGAUGACGACAUAACGUGUCGCGUCAAAGUUAAUAUUCUGAAGCAAUUGGAUGAGUUCGCAUUUCCCGGAUCUAACUUUGCCGAUAUUGUUGGAUAUGGGCUGACGCAGGAUGUCAAGCUAGUCAAACGCAACAGUGUUCGAAACCAUUCACUGGAAAAGCACCAAUUCAUACGCCAGAAACAAACUUCUCUCCAGCGGAAACGACAAAUGCUAAAAAAGAUUAGCGCUUUCAAGGCAAUAUAGUAGUGGUUUAUGUUAGUUGAAAUAUAUGCCGCUAUUAAACUUGCAUGUACUAUGCUGUUGCAUGUUCAUGUUACUGGUGUAUUUUA